AGCAAAAUCCUACACAUGGCCCCACAUUCCCAGAUAAAUUUAGGGCUCGAAAAUAUAUUGGGCCGUAGAGCCCAAAUACCGUGGGCUUGGGCUCAGAUUUAUUCUAAUGGGUUCUCUUCCAGUACGGCCCAAGCCCACGGCGAUCAAGCGUCUUCCUCAGGUGCGGCGGCCGAGCUCAGCUCUGCUCUUUCAAGUUGCACAAAGCAGCCAUUGAAAGGCGAGGGACAGCGUAAUUCACGUCCCGAAAUGGCCGCCGCCGGAAGAAUCGGUACCUACGAGGAUUUCGUCGAAGUCCACGGUUUGCUCCUCGCCGCCUCCGGACUUCCCCAAUCUCUGCACCGUCAACUGUUCCAGAAGCUCACGUCGGAGACCUUCGACGGCGGCGCUCACUUCCAAGUCGAGACGUUCGAGGAUGGACGCUGUAGGCGGCUCGUCCUCUCUUCAGACUCCAUGGCCAAGGAAUCGCACGUGUUCCUCGUCGACCAUGCCUGGACUUUCCGUCUCUCCGACGCUUACAACCAGUUGAAGGAAGUUUCGGGAUUGGCCGAGAGAAUGGCGUCCUUGAUGUGUGUGGAUAUUGAUAUGAAUUUGGAUGAGGAGGAGGGAGUCCAUUCAAAUGAUAAUGAAGUUAAACAGAGUGUUUUCGAACUUGUGGAGAGUGAAAUACGUGGCGUGAAAGAUAAUGGAAAUGGCACUGUGAGAUGGUUGGAGCUUGAGGACCUUCAAAUUAAUGAUGAUACACUCUUAUCGCUCGAUUUAACAACUAAAUUUCCGGAUUUACUUGCACUUAGCUUGACUGGAAACAAGCUUGAGAAUGUAGAUGUGGUCGCUCGGGAAGUUUCAAAAUUUAAACAUCUUAGAGCACUUUGGUUGAACAAUAAUCCUGUUGCGGAAAACUGUGGUGAGCAGCUGCAGCAGAGAGUUCUUGAAGGGUUUCCAAAUUUGGAAAUCUACAAUUCACGUUUUACUCAUAACUUUUCUGAGUGGGCGUUGGGUUUUUGUGGAGAUAUAUAUGAAAAGGAUAAUCCCGGAAGCAUCUAUCCACCUGAUCACUCAUUGCAAUGCCUGGAAACUCUAGACCUUUCAAAUCGAUGUAUUCACAACUUAAUCAACAAGGCCUUUUCACCUGUUGAGUUGCCAUCUCUCUCGUACUUGAAUCUUAGGGGAAAUCCCUUGGGAAAGAAUUCAGUUGAUGACUUGUUGAGAAUCCUGAAGGAAUUUCCUUGCUUAACUUCUCUGGAGGUGGAUAUUCCUGGUCCUCUUGGAGAGAAGGCUUUAGACAUUAUUGAAUCUCUCCCAAAUCUGAAUACUCUGAAUGGCAUUGACGUAGCAAAAAUAUUGCAUUCUGGAAAGCACGUGAUUGAUUCAAUGCUUCGGCCACGUUUCCCUGAGUGGACUCCUGAAGAGCCUCUUCCUGAUCGUGUUAUAAAUGCAAUGUGGCUGUAUUUGAUGACAUACAGACUAGCAGAUGAGGAAAAGAUUGAUGAAACCUCUGUUUGGUACGUGAUGGAUGAACUAGGUUCAGCUUUGCGGCAUAGUGAUCAGCCAAAUUUCAAAGUGGCUCCUUUCCUCUUCAUGCCUGAGGGAAAGCUGGAGUCAGCUAUUAGCUUUACCAUAUUAUGGCCAAUCCACAAUGUUCAGAAAGGUGAUGAAUGCACUCGCGAUUAUCUAUUUGGCAUUGGGGAGGAGAAACAACGGUCUGCUAGACUUACUGCUUGGUUCCAUACCCCACAAAAUUAUUUUAUGCAUGAGUAUGAGAAACACAUCAGGAAUCUGCAGUCAAAAGUGUUAGCUUCACCAAUAUCUCAAACCAUGGUGAACACAGAAGGACUACAGCAGAGCAAAGGAGGAACUUUACAUGUUUACACUGACAAUCCUCAAGUUGAAGAAUUUUUAGACCGCCCUGAAUUUGUAAUUACUAGUGAUCCUAAAGAGGCAGAUAUUAUAUGGACAAGUAUGCAGAUUGAUGAGGAUACGAAGAAAGCUACUGGAAUAACAGAUGAGCAAUAUAUUAACCAAUUUCCCUUUGAAGCUUGUCUUGUCAUGAAACAUCAUUUGGCAGAGACUAUUCAGAAGGCACAUGGAUGUGCUGAGUGGUUGCAGCCUACUUACAAUCUUGAAAUACAUUUAUCUCAACUUAUUGGUGAUUAUCUUGUGCGCAAAAGAGAUGGGUUAAAUAAUUUAUGGAUACUGAAACCAUGGAAUAUGGCCCGGACUAUCGAUACUACAGUCACUGAUAAUCUAUCUGCUAUUAUCCGUCUCAUGGAAACUGGUCCUAAGAUAUGUCAAAAGUAUAUUGAGCAUCCUGCACUGUUUAAUGGGAAGAAGUUUGACCUGCGUUAUAUUGUACUUGUACGCAGCAUGAAGCCUUUGGAAAUCUUCCUCGCAGAUUCUUUUUGGGUCCGAUUGGCAAAUAACCCAUACUCUUUAGAGAAGCAGAGUCUUUUCGAGUACGAGACUCACUUUACGGUUAUGAACUACCGUGGAAGAUUAAACCAUAAAAAUAUAGCAGAAUUUGUCAAGGAGUUUGAACAAGAACACAAUGUUAAGUGGUUGGAUAUCCAUUCGAGAGUAAGAAGUAUGAUCCGAUCGGUUUUUGAGUCGGCUGCAGUGGUUCACCCUGAGAUGCAUAGUCCAUUCUCUAGAGCCAUGUAUGGCCUGGAUGUGAUGCUUGAUGCCUCUUUUCAACCAAAGCUAUUGGAGGUGACUUACUGCCCUGAUUGCACCAGAGCUUGCAAGUAUGACGUCGAAAAUGUCUUUGAAGAUGGAGUUAUAAAAGGUCGAGAAUUUUACAACCAUGUAUUUGGUUGCCUCUUCUUAAAUGAAACCACUCAUGUCACUCCACUGUAACUGACACAGCACAAUUUUGUAAUGGUAGAUACUAAGAUUCUUGGUUUUUUUUUUUCCUUUUUUUUUUGGCUUUUUUGGGGAGGGGUGGGGUAGAGUGGUCUCUGUUCUAGUUUUUGUCCAUCUUUGAUCGUACUUGUAGCUUGUAUCAUUAUUUUUCAUUUCAAUGUUUUGGUUUAUAAUGUAAUGGGUUGAUAUAUCUUUGGAAUGAGUGGAAAUUAUCCUUCGGGGAAUAUCGAUGAUGAGUUAUCUUCUUUUGAUUCCUUUAUUAAUACUAUGUAGCAUUCUAUUU